GAAUAUAAAGGCAGAAAACGAGAUGAACAUGUUUCCAAAUGAGAAAAAGGAAUUUAUUAGAUAGACAUGCGAUACUCUUGUGAGGUCUUACAACAAAGGUGAAUAUAAGCAACAAUUACUUUUUCUUUUUAUAUAUAUUUUUUUUCAUAAAAACGUAUUUAAUUAAAAUUGAUUACUCAAAAAACCUGUAACAAACUCAAUAAAAAAAAAAAAAACUGAAGUUAUCGUAUCACGAGUGCUUAACGCCAUUGGCAUCAACUUUGUCUGAAUUGAGUUUGAAGUUGAUGGCCAACGCUCACUUCCUCGCUUUCAACCAUCUUCAUCUUCAUCUUCAGAUUUCUUCGCCGCUAGUGUCUAAACGUGUCAUCAAGAGAUUUUGGAAUUGUGACAUUGAAUAUUCCACCAAUUAUCAAAGGCCUGGUUUUCUGAACAUGAAAUUGCAAGCAAAUGGAGCUUCAAUUCCAACUUCUAUCAACACCGCUGAUUCUCAACACAACAAAACUCCGCAUGUACUCACUGUUGCCGGCUCCGAUUCCGGUGCCGGUGCCGGAAUCCAAGCUGAUCUUAAAGCUUGUGCUGCUCGCAGGGUUUACUGUUCCACUGUAAUUACUGCUGUCACUGCACAGAACACUCUUGGAGUUCAGGGUGUCAACAUUGUGCCCGAAGAAUUUGUUGCACAGCAGUUAAAUUCUGUGCUAUCUGAUAUGCAUGUUGAUGUGGUCAAAACAGGCAUGCUACCCUCUCUUAGUGUGGUGAAGGUCCUUUGUCAGAGUCUUAGGAAAUUUCCUGUCAAAGCUCUUGUUGUUGAUCCUGUAAUGAUAUCUACAAGUGGAGAUAUACUUGCUGGUCCUUCUGUUCUUGCUGGAUUUCGGGAGGAGCUGCUUCCCAUGGCUGAUAUUGUAACCCCAAAUAUUAAAGAGGCGUCAGUUUUACUUGGUGAUGUUCCAAUGAAUUCAGUUUCUGACAUGCGUGCUGCUGCAAAAUUGAUACAUGAUUUGGGUCCUAGGAGCGUACUAGUCAAAGGUGGGGAUCUCCCUAAUUCAUCAGAUGCUAUUGAUAUAUUUUUUGAUGGUGAGAAUUUCUACGAGCUUCGUUCACGACGUGUAAAUACCCGCAAUACUCAUGGCACUGGUUGUACUAUGGCAUCAUGCAUAGCAGCAGAGCUGGCAAAGGGUUCGUCAAUGCUUUCAGCGGUCAAGAUAGCUAAACGUUUUGUCGAGACUGCCUUGGAUUACAGCAAAGACUUGGCUAUUGGAAAUGGAGUCCAAGGCCCUUUUGACCAUUUUUUGGCACUUAAGAAUAUCAACCAGAGCUCUUGUAGGUCGGAUAGGUUCAAGCCCAAUGACUUAUUUCUAUACGCUGUAACAGAUUCACGCAUGAAUAGGAAGUGGGGCCGUUCAAUUGCGGAAGCAGUUAAGGCUGCUGUAGAAGGUGGUGCUACCAUUGUCCAAUUAAGGGAAAAAGAUGCUGAGACAAAGGACUUUGUUGAUGCUGCCAAAGUAUGUCUUAAAAUAUGCCAUUCUUACGGAGUACCUCUGCUUAUAAAUGACCGUAUAGAUGUGGCCCUUGCUUGUGAUGCGGAUGGUGUUCAUGUUGGUCAGUCUGACAUGCCUGUACAUCUUGCUAGAUCUCUCCUUGGUCCUGAAAAGAUAAUUGGAGUAUCAUGCAAGACACCAGAACAAGCUCAACAAGCAUGGGUCGAUGGUGCUGAUUACAUUGGCAGUGGUGGUGUAUAUCCUACUAAUACAAAGGAAAACAAUCGUACUAUAGGAUUAGGCGGGUUGAAGGAGGUGUGCAAGGCCUCUAAACUCCCUGUUGUUGCAAUUGGUGGUAUUGGUCUGUCAAAUGCACGUGCUGUAAUGGAAAUUGGUGUACCAAGUCUCAAAGGGGUUGCGGUUGUGUCUACUCUAUUUGAUCGGGAAUGUAUUUCGACUGAGACAAGAAACUUGCACGCAGUAAUUAGUGAGGCAGCAUUGUUGACGCAAUGAACUUACUUCAAUGUGGGAGGAAUUUAAUUAAAUUAAAGGAGUGGUUACUGGUUACAAGAGUCCUAAUGGAAAUACAUAACUUCAUAAUAUUCUCUGCAGAUCAUGCUAAACAUGUAAAUGCAAAUUUUCAAUAAAAUGAAUGUGUUCAAUGCUCAGUACUUGGAUGGACAAAACAUGUGUAGUUGUUCAUACGCUUGCCAUUGUUUGGUACAUGCUUGAACAAUAGCAAGAAUGAGUGUUUGGGGACUUAAUGCAACAACAUUAUGUGCAUAUUUGUUU